GUGAGUGAGAAGGUUGGAGGAGCUGAAGGAACCAAACUAGAUCAUGACUUCAAGGAGAUGGAAAGGAAAGUGGAUGUCACCAGCCGGGCUGUGAUGGAAAUAAUGACUAAAACAAUUGAAUACCUGCAACCCAAUCCAGCUUCCAGAGCUAAACUCAGCAUGAUCAACACGAUGUCAAAAAUCCGUGGCCAGGAGAAAGGGCCGGGCUACCCUCAGGCAGAAGCGCUGCUGGCCGAGGCCAUGCUCAAGUUCGGAAGAGAGCUCGGGGACGACUGCAACUUUGGCCCGGCGCUCGGUGAGGUGGGGGAGGCCAUGCGGGAGCUCUCAGAGGUGAAAGACUCUUUGGACAUGGAAGUGAAGCAGAACUUCAUUGACCCCCUUCAGAAUCUUCAUGACAAAGACCUGAGGGAAAUUCAGCAUCAUCUAAAGAAGUUGGAGGGUCGACGCCUGGACUUUGAUUAUAAGAAGAAACGUCAAGGCAAGAUCCCCGAUGAAGAGCUCCGUCAAGCUCUGGAGAAGUUUGAUGAGUCUAAAGAGAUUGCUGAGUCCAGCAUGUUCAAUCUGUUGGAAAUGGAUAUCGAGCAGGUGAGCCAGCUCUCCGCCCUUGUCCAAGCCCAGCUGGAGUACCAUAAGCAGGCAGUCCAGAUCCUGCAGCAAGUCACCGUCAGACUGGAAGAAAGAAUAAGACAAGCUUCCUCUCAGCCUAGAAGGGAAUAUCAGCCUAAACCACGAAUGAGCCUGGAGUUUCCCGCUGGAGACGGCGUGCAGCCCAACGGAGGCCUCUCCCACGCCGGCACGCCCAAGCCUUCAGGUGUCCCAAUGGAUCAGCCCUGCUGCCGAGCUCUGUACGACUUUGAACCUGAAAAUGAAGGGGAAUUGGGUUUUAAAGAGGGUGAUAUCAUCACACUCACUAACCAAAUUGAUGAGAACUGGUACGAGGGGAUGCUUCAUGGCCAUUCAGGCUUCUUCCCCAUCAAUUAUGUGGAAAUUCUGGUUGCCCUGCCCCAUUAGUGUGUUAUGCUGGCUGGCUCACCUCCUCUGACCCAGAUAGUUCAGUUUAACCACUGCUUUGGUAAUGCUGCUUACAAUACACCCCAGUGCAGGCUGCAGUGGUCCGAGUCGUCCAGCCCCACAGAGCAUCAUUGAUUGACUUGUGUGAUCCCACAGGAGUCAUGGUGAUGGAUGGUAUCUUCUCAGCCUGGUGGGUAUGGCAUGUGCUUUUAAAAUACCAUCUGAGACCAGCCAGUAUUCAGAGGACUGCUGUUCAUGCAGUUCUCAAGAGGCUGUGGCUUCUUCAUCCUAUAGAAGAUGUGAUCUGUUGCCCAGGGGCCAUCUCCAGGUCUCAGGUUCUCCACUUAAACAGGAGAAAGUGUUUGCUUUCACAUCGUCCCCUUCCAAAUGCCUGAGUCACAGAAUUGUUCAAGAAAGCCUCCCUUACCAGCAACUUGUCCUCUGGUCUGAAAGAGCUAGUCCUUUGAUGCUCAGUAGAAAAGUUUUGAGUGUGGAUUCAAAGCCUUCUCUGCGAACAUUCACCUUUGUUCCUCCCACUGAUGCCUAUUUCUGAGGCACCGCAGUUUCCUCCCUCCCUGCCGACAAAGCCAGAGGGGUUCCCGUUUCGUUUCACGUGAGACAGUUAGCAAGCCGCGUACCGAGAGAGCGGCUGACAAGAGGAGAGUCUCCAUUGCAGGGACUUGGGAAGAGAUCUGGUUUCCAAGCUUGCAUUUUCUGCUGUAAAGAAUCUGUGUGUGUUUAGGGCAUUUCUGAAAGGACAGGGAAGGGGGAACAAAUAUUUUCAUUUUAGUUUUAUUUAUGAAUUAGUGUUUCAGGAACCCAUUUGACACAGAAACGCAGGGAGAAAAACACCAGGAACCAUUUUUUUCCACCAGUUCAUAGACCAAGAAACAGUAAAUAUCUUUUCUUUCCACUUUCGCCUUGUGUCCUUUGAACAUCAUUUGUGCAUAUUCUGCCCUCGGUGAGACCACUGAAAGGUGAUGUCCGUGCGCAGCAGUGAGCGGUGUGGCCGCUAGUGCCCAUUGUCUCCCUGUCGGCGGUUACCUUCAACUGUCCUUCUAUCUCAUCUUCAUUUUGUGUGUGCAGUGCUGUGUGUAAGUUUGAGUGCUAUUUUUUUUGUACCGUCAUUAAAGUCCUGUUCUCUCCAGAGUUCUGUUUAUCUAGCUGUACAGAUUCUUUCAGAGGUUUAACGUGCUGCUUUGGAUGUGUUCCCUGCGGUAGUGGAUCGUGUGGA